AUGUCGAUCUGGAAAAAAGAUACAUUUGGCAAAUACCGUGAAAUGCAAGGGAAUGGCAACUGCCUUUUCAGGGCACUUUCUGUGGGAUUGGGGGAGAAUGUUACACAUGAGGAGUUGCGUGAAAUUCUAGUCAACGAGGUGAGGGAUAAGUGGGAUGAAUAUGUUAAUUAUGUUUUUUAUUUUAAUAAUGCGAACGAUUAUUAUAGGGAAAUUUCGCGGGUCACCACAUGGGGUUCCUUUGCUGAAAUUUUGGCCUUUUCGACUGUUUUACAAAGGAGAGUUGUCGUCAUGAGGGACGGCCGCAAACUGGUUGAUGUGGGUUCCCAAGAUAACACUCCAAUUGUAUUACGUUAUAUCGGUGACAACCACUACGAUUUAAACGAGGAUACUGUCAUUCCUCUACCCGAUACUGUUGCUGGUUCUGCACGACCUCCUGUUUUAGUAGCUCCUGCUGCAGCAGUUUCUACAGUAGUAACUCCUGCUAUAAUAGCUCCUGCUAUAGCAGUAGCUUCUGCCGCAGUAGCUCCUGCCGCUGCAGUACCUGUGAAAUCUCCCGCACUGAAGCGACCUGCGCCACAACCGCGUAUCGUGACCCCAAGUCAAAAAUAA